AUGGCUCUGGACACCGAGCGAAAGGAGCUGCUACUGGGAACGCUGAGGAAACUGGGAAAGGAAGAUUUCGAGUCCUUCAAGUUUUUCACGGACUUGCCUCAAAGUGUACUUAACACAGACAUCCCGGUGGACAUUGCCUAUGAGUUGAUAAGGAAGCACGGCGAGAACGUUCUGGAAGAGACCGUCAAGAUUCUUAAGAAGAUCGGGAACAACAACUUGGCCGAAAUACUGCACAACGGCAUGCUGAAAAUAAAAGUUGCUGACCUCGCCGUCCAUGAAGAUGAAGAUGAUGAUCAGAUUGGCAGAUUGAAGAGAGACCUGCAAGAGAACCUGCUGAGUUUAUACAGCUUUGUUCCCGAGGGCAACACCAAGCGCUGGGAGCAGCAGCAGUCUCUGGCGGAUGUCUACACAGAGCUCAACGUCACCUACGGGGCUGACGUCAGCCCUGACAAGCGGCACGAGGUCCUUCAGAUGGAGACGUGCGCCCUCACCAAGAAGUCUAUCCGGCCGUGCGACAUCUUCGAAAGCGCAGACGGGAAGCGUCGACCGAUUCGCACAAUGCUCACCGUCGGCUUCGCAGGAAUCGGGAAAACCUUCCUGGUGCGCAAGUUUGCGAUGGAUUGGGCCAGCGGAAAUACCAACCAGGACGUGGACUUCAUAUUUCCCUUCACCUUCCGUGAGUUGAACAUGGAAAAAGGAAAAAGCUUUACGCUGGCCAAGCUAAUCCGACUGUACGUCAGCGAGAGCAGGCGCAUGAGCGAGGAGACGCUGAACAAUAUCUUUGACAGCCUGCAGAAGUCCGGUAACCGUGACUAUAAAACCAGCAGGAUCAAGAUCUUGUUCGUCCUGGACGGACUUGACGAGUGCAACUUCAAAAUGGACUUGAAGAACGAGAUGAAAAUGGACAUCGAUGUAAAGCAGGCCUACCCACUGGAGGUGCUCCUGGCGCACCUCAUCAAAAGGAACCUGCUACCCUGCGCCCGGCUUUGGAUCACAACACGGCCCGCGACAGUCCGCUAUAUCCCCUCUAACCUCAUCGACAGCAGAACAGAGGUGAGAGGAUUCAGUGAUUCCCAGAGGCUGGAGUACUUCAGGAAAAGAUUCCCAAAUGAUGAGCGCGUCAUUCAGCACAUCCGGAAAUCUCGCACCAUCUUCAUCAUGUGUCACAUGCCAAUCUUCUGCUGGAUCAGCUCCACAAUUCUACAGGAUCAUUUGGACAAAGGGAAGGUGGGAGAUCUUCCAACAACGCUGACCGAGAUGUACACAUGGAUCGUGUUUUACCACCUGGAAGUAUGGAAGGAGAGACUGAAGACGGAGUACAGCCGUUAUGUGAAAGCGCUAGCAAAGCUGGCCUUUCACCACACGAUGAAUAAGCGUCAGAUCUUCUACGAGAAGGACCUAGAAGACAGCGGCUUUGAUUACGGCCAAGACGCUAAACACUGCGGUUUGUUCACCGAGGUGUUCAAAGAAGUACGUCCGCUAAGGAGAAUCCAGCAAGGCAAGAUGUUUCAGUUUGUCCAUUUGACCAUCCAGGAGUAUCUAGCCGCACUGUACGUGAUGAUGAUGUGCUCCCAUCACAAAAAGAAUGUACUAGCUGACUCCAGAUGGUCACUGAAAGGCUUUUUAAUGCCUGCUAAGCAGAAGCUAAUCACUCAGGUCCAGUUGUCAGCUCUACAGAAAGCCUCUGAGAGUGAAGGAAACCUGGACCUUUUCCUGCGCUUCCUCUUUGGCCUUUCCUUGGCAUGCAACCAGGAACUAUUGGGGGAACUGCUGAAGGCUCCUCAGGACUGCGGGCAAAGCAAGUCAGACACAGUCGAGUUGAUCAAAAAAAGUAUAAAACAGAACACUCCAGAGAAGAACAUCAACUUAUUCUACUGCUUAAGCGAGCUGAAGGACGACUCCAUGCUGGAACAGAUUGAGCAAGAACUACAUUCAAGAAAUCUGUCCUGGCGCAACAUGCCAAAUGAAAUGUGGUCGGCCCUGGCCUUCUUCUUACUGACCUCUGACGAACCCAUGGAUUGGUUUGACCUGAAGAAGUACUCCGCAUCGGCGUAUGGGCUCGAGAUGCUGCUGUCGGUGGUCAAGGCUUUUGAAAAAUCAGUGCUAACCGAUUGUCACCUGGACAAACGCAGCUGUCACCUGCUGGCCUCCGUUCUCAGCUCUUCAUCCAACCUGAGGUUUCUUGACCUGAGCCACAACGAUCUGUUGGACGAGGGUGUCGAGAUCCUCUCGAAGGGACUGGCCAGCCGAAACUGCAUCUUGCAAGUCUUAAAGUUGACAAAGUGCAAGAUCACAAAGCAAGGAUGCACUGAAUUGGCCAAGGCUAUCAAGCUAAACCCCUCCAAUCUUCAAGAGCUGGUCCUGAGCGAAAACGAUUUGUCGGACGAGGGGGUCACGAGCCUCUCGAAAGGGCUGGCCAGCCAAGACUGCACCUUAAAAGUCCUUGAGCUGUCAAACUGCGGGUUCACGGAGAAAGGAUGUGUUUCAUUGGCUAGGGCUCUCAAGUCAGACCCCUCCCAUCUUCAAGAACUGUGUCUGAGCGAAAACGAUCUGUCGGACGAGGGGAUCAAGAUCCUCUCGAAAGUACUGGACAGUUCCAACUGCUUCCUAAAAGUCCUCAGGCUGUCACAUUGCAAGUUCAUGGAGCGAGGAUGCUUUUCAUUGUCCUUGACUCUCAAGUUUAGCCUCUUACAUCUUCAAGAACUGGAUCUGAGUGCCAAUGACUUUUCAGACGAGGGGGUUGAGACCCUCUCAAAAGAACUGACCAGCCCCAAUUGCUUCUUAAAAGUCCUCAGUCUGUCAGGUUGCAAGAUCACGAAGCAAGGAUGCAGUUCAUUGGCCAGGGCUCUUAUGUUCGGCCUUCUCCAUCUUCAAGAGCUGGACCUGAGUGAGAACAAUCUGUCAGACGAAGGGGUUGAGAUUCUCUGGGAAGGAUUGGCCUGCAGAGGCUCCGACUUAAAAGUCCUCGAUCUGUCAAGCUGCAAUAUCACGAAGCGAGGAUGCGUUUCUUUGGCCGAGGCUUACAAGUUGAACCCUUUCCAUCUUCAAGAGAUAUGGCUGUGGUGCAAUCCAAUAGGAGAAGAAGGAGAAAGCAUCUUAACAGAGGUGAAAAGGAAUCUCAGCUUUAGCCUGAAGACUGUCAAUUUUCGCUUCGUUUUCCUCUUCGAGCAACGUUUGAUCCAUUUCGUCAAGAUGGAUUUUGAUCAGUCCAUCCGAGUACCCAGACGCGGCUUGCAAGUACCCGGAACUGUAUGA